UCUCUCAGCAUCCAGCAGCUGCGCCUCUCUCAUGCCUUUCCUGACGCCGAGUGAAGCCUCCCAUACAGAUGAGCGCUGGAAGCCACGCACCUCUUGACGUAGCCAUACAGACCGGUUGCGGUGCCACACUCGGUCUCCGUGCAGCACGUAUUGCGCAACGUGACUGAUGCUCUGUACUGGCUCGGCACGGUGGAAACAACAAAAAGCGCUCUCCUGGGCGAGGAGCCGUGGAUGAAAACCGUCGGCCGACAGGACCGGAGGACCGGACCCUUCCCUCGUCAUUCGCCACGGGGAGAGACGAGCGGAUUCGGCGCGUCGCUCGUGAUGUGACUCACUUUUGUGUGUAUUGGUGAACAGCAGCCAUUGAGGACUUCAUCCCUCAGAAAGGUGAAAACAAGGAGAAUUUGUCUGUUCUGUAGCGACAAAGUGAGUGAUGGGAGCUUCGCUCGACAGCGCGCAGUCAACGCAGCGUCCGCUGCGUGGGCUCUGACCGCAGCUGGAUUUGAUGAGCUACCUCCGUGGGUUGCCGAACCCUCGAUAGAACCCGUGUGUCGUCCCUCGGCGUUGGUCUCUUUUUGCUGAGGACAAUUAAAACACUAUAGGCUGCUAGAGGUGAGAGGAAGCCUGUUAACACUUUUUUUAUUUUUAUUUUUUUUAUUUAAAGAAAGACCGGCCUCUCUGCAGUUCAUCCCCCGCUCCUGGCCGCGCGUCUUACCCGCCUGCCUCAUCUCAUCCUCCGCGGCGUCUGGGCGCCCUCAGCCGCUCAGCAUCUUUUGGUCAACUGUCUUACAUGACAGCUUACAUCGGAUGCUAAUUCGCAUGACUCAUUUGAGCUUCUGUGAGAUACACAGACUAUGUUGGGACUAAAUUAAUCGACGAGAAAGUGCCGCGUCUAUGCGCCUCCGUCGCACCGCCCCGGAAAGGACUUCUUGCCACUGAGAGAGCUGGAUAUGCAGAGAUUAACGUGAAAGGAUGGAUCUAAUUAUCACUGUUUUGGGGCUACUGGCGUUGAUGGUUGGAGGCAUCAGUUGCCAAGGAGUGUACGCACCUCCAACCGUCCGCAUCAUUCACUCCGGGCACGCCUGUAAUGUUGAAGAGGAGCGGCACACAGAGAGAGUGUACACCAUCAGAGAAGGAGAGACCCUGGAGCUCACCUGUCUAGUGACAGGCCAUCCUCGGCCACAGAUUCGAUGGACAAAGACAGCUGGCAGUGUGUCAGAUCGCUUCCAGGACUCCAGUGUGUUCAAUGACACUUUGCACAUUGCGAAGAUCCUGAGAAACCAGGGGGGACGCUAUUACUGCAAGGCUGAGAACGGCCUUGGUUCCCCAGCUAUCAAGUCCAUCCGAGUGGACGUUUAUUACCUCGAUAACCCGGUGAUUACGGUGCACCAGAGUAUAGGAGAAGCCAAGGAGCAGUUCUAUUAUGAGAGGACUGUAUUCCUGCGCUGCGUGGCUAAUUCCAACCCGCCUGUCCGCUACAGCUGGCAUCGUGGGAGGGAGGUCUUGACGCAGGGCUCCGACAAGGGCGUGGAGAUUUACGAGCCUUUUUUCACACAGCAGGGGGAAACAAAGAUCCUGAAGCUGAAGAACCUGCGUCCUCAAGAUUAUGCCAACUACAGCUGCAUCGCCUCUGUCCGAAAUGUGUGUGGGAUUCCUGACCGCAGCGUUAUCUUCGGACUCACCAAUAAGACAGCAUCCCCAUCUAUCAAACUUCUGGUGGAAGAUCCUAUCGUGGUCAACCCUGGUCAGACCGUGUCCCUGGUCUGCAUCACCACAGGAGGGGAGCCGACCCCCACCCUCACCUGGGUCAGCACCAACGACAGCCUGCCGCAGAGGAGCGUAGUAAAAGGGGGCACGCUCACGCUGCCCGCCAUCACCUCAGAUGAAGCUGGGGUUUACAGCUGCGUGGCCAGUAACAAUGUGGGAAACCCGGCCAAGAAGUCCACCACCAUCGUGGUGCGAGCUUUGAAGAAGGGACGCUUCUGGAUCACCCCUGACCCCUACCACAAUGAUGACAACAUCCAGAUUGGUCGUGAAGUGAAGAUAUCAUGUCAGGUGGAAGCAACACCCCCAGAGGAGCUGACAUUUAGCUGGUUAAAGAACGGCCGCUCCCUUCGGAGUUCGGAGCGAAUGGUCAUCACUCAGACGGAUCCUGACAUCUCACCCGGGACCACCAACCUGGACAUCAUAGACCUGAAGUUUACCGACUUUGGCACAUACACCUGUGUGGCUGCGCUGAAGGGUGGAGGCAUUCCUGAGAUCAGCAUUGACGUCAACAUUUCCUCCACAACUGUCCAUCCUUUGUUUUUCUCUUUCUUAGUUCCUCCCAGCCUGACAGUCCCCCGGGGAAAGUCUCCCCUGGUGGCCCGUGAGGGUGACACAGUGGAGCUGGAGUGCCUUGUUUCAGGGAAGCCCAAGCCCAUCAUCCUGUGGUCGCGAGCGGACAAGGAGGCGCCCAUGCCGGACGGCAGCAUGCAGAUGGAGAGCUACGACGGCGUCCUGCGGAUUGUUAACGUUUCCAGAGAGAUGACGGGGUCGUACCGCUGCCAGACCAGUCAGUAUAACGGUUUCAACGUGAAGCCCCGGGAGGCUGUGGUGGAGCUGAUUGUGCAAUACCCUCCCACCGUGGAGCCUGUUCACAUGGAGGUCCGUCAGGGCCUGGGGAGACCUGUGGUGAUGACCUGCAGAGUGCUGCGAGCCCACCCAUCUCGAGUGCUGCGGUUCGAGUGGCUGCUCUCGAACCGGCUGCUCCAUGCCGGAGCGUUUGACCCACACAAAGACGAGACGGAGUACACGAUCCGCAGCCUGAAUCGUGAAGGCUGGGGCGAGUACACGUGCAACGUCAUCAAUGAGGCCGGAGCAGGCAAAUGCACGUUUCAGGUUACAGGUAAAGCUUACCCUCCAGAGUUUUACUACGAUACCUACAGUCCACUGUGGCAGAACAGACCCCGAGUCUACGGCUUCAAGCUGCAGUGGACCCAGAUGAACCCCGGUGCUGUGGACCGCAUCGUUGCCUACAGACUCGGGAUCAGACAGGUGGGCUUGCAGCGAUGGUGGGAGCAGGAAAUCCCCGUGGGAGAUACUAUUGGCAAAGGGGAGCUCAUGACACAUAACCUGACUGAGCUGAUAAAACCCGAAUCUUACGAGGUGCGUCUCACUCCCAUCACUCGUUUUGGAGAGGGUGACUCGACCAUCCGGAUCAUCACCUACAGUGCUCCCAUCAACCCUCACCUGAGGGAGUUCCACUGCAGCUUUGAGGAAGAAGCGAUCUGCAUGUUUACUCAGGACAAGAACGAUGAUUUUGAUUGGACAAGGCACAGCGCCGCCACCCGGGACACAAAGUACACACCCAACACUGGCCCCGGCGCCGACCGCACCGGGUCUAAGCAGGGGUUCUACAUGUAUAUUGAGACAUCCAGGCCACGUAAGGAAGGAGACCAGGCCCGGCUCGUAAGCCCCUUUUUCAACAUUGCGCUCAAAAACUCUUACGGCUUGACAAACCCAUCUGCCUACUGCUUUGGAUUCUUUUACCACAUGUAUGGGAAACACAUAGGUAAGACAUGCUUUAUGUACUGAUUACUGUCCUUUUCUUCUACAGUGCAAAAACGUGUUGAUUUUCAGAUCAAAUAGCAAUGCAGAGUAAUAGCUAAUCUUAAUUAAAUCAUAAACACACUAGAAGAAAAGAAUAAUUACUUAGACUCUUUAAAGAGUGUUUUGCUCUUUGCUCACGUCAGUGUGAGUGAAAAUUAAAUUGCAGUUCUCAAGAGGAGAGUCACUGAAGUUCGUCAGCAACUACACAAAGUCCACAAAGACAUAACCAAAGCCAAUUUGUUUAUAGAGUCAAGUAAUUCUUCAAAUAUCUAUGGAUUGCAGAUUUGAA